GGUACUGUCGUUGCAAGUACUUGACCCCUGAGCAGCUUGGUUUUCAGCAGUAGUGUGUGCUGUAGAUGAUGUGGUGCUCAGUGAAGUUGAGCAAUCUGAUCUGCAUUUGGCAGGACGUUGUGAUGGGACUUCCCAUGGUUACGUGAAGCAGGUUAAGUACGCUGGCACUUAAAAUUAUCAGAGCGGUAAAGCAGCGUAAUGAAAUCCCUGCAUUUUCAUUAUUUUUAUCCGUUUUGACAGCGUACAUUGGACUCACACAUUUGUGCAUGCUCCUGUUUGUUGGUUCUUUUAACGACUGGACAAAUUAUUGAAAAUAUUAGCAGAAGCCAAAAUGUUUUGUUCGAGCAGCAGUGUCCACUGACGUGAAAAUGAAUAGAAAUUUUGUUUUGUUUGUAAUAGCAUAUGAAAUUGUUGGGGCGCUGGAAAUGCUUUUUGGAAAUUUUUUUCAAUAACUAAAACAAGAUUGCAGUGGUAUCGGAUGUCUGGGUAAUACAAAUUCAUUAGCACUUCCUGCUGUCUUGCUCAGAAACAGUGAAAAACAAAUGUAACACCUGCUGAGAAAUAGCAUCUGCUUGGAAAUAAUCUGAUGCAAGUACUUUGUCGAACUUGAGAAACCUAGGAGACUUGGAUCUGCAAAUGAGACUUUGAGGAUUAUAACAGUGAAAGAAGAAGUGAAAGAACAGUCUCAUUAAAGACUUCAGCAGUUGCUUCCCUUGAUAAAUCUUGAUAUCAAAGAAUAUUUAAACUUGGUGUCUUAAGCAUUCAGUUACCACUUUACAAUAAUAAUAUAGUUUACUUCAAAAAAAAAAAUAAAAAGUGUAGACCUGGAAUUUCUUAAAAAUUCAUGAAUCCAUUACAGCACUUCUCUUGCUUUCAUUCCUGAGAAAUGCAACUCGAAAUAAAAGCAAGAGCAUGCCUUUGGAAAAAAGCACUUAAAGUAUAACUGUCUGCAUAUUACGUGGAGGAGUAAAAAGCAAAUAUUUGUCUUUCACUAACAGUAUGAACUUACCGGUAAUCUGAAAUCCAUCUUUAUUGUCAUUAAAGAGGAAGAGGCUUUCUAUCGUGUUGAUUGAGUGCAGGCUGUGGGAGAAGGGAUAUUAAUUUAAAGGCUCUGUAUAAUGCAUCCUUCAGUUGAACAGCAAUGUAUGGGACUAACAUUGUGCAGUGGGCUCUUCAAAUAGGAGCCACUGAAACUUGCUUCUUGAUUUCUGUUUCGUCCCAGUCCUAUGUGCUCGUUACGUUCAUCCGUGUGACUGUUGUAGUAUCUAGAGAGUGUUCUGACCUGCUGCUAGUAACCUCCCUUCUUCCUUUCCAAAAAAUGUGAUGAACCUAAAGAAAGAAGAUUGCCCAAUUUAUAUGUGAAAAUGAAUCUUUUCUACGCCAAGGUUUUCUAAUUUAAAAAAAAAAAAAGAUGGCAAGUUGAAAUAAGUUUUGCUGUUUAUACAUGGUAAUAGCAAAACUUCAGUUUUGGGGAGUGGUUGUGUUCUUUAAAUUGAAGUUUGUGAAGAGUUGCGUAAUCUUUUUUUCAUUCACUUUUUUUAUAAAAGCUAUUAAAGACUAUGAGACUGCUCAAGCCAAUAGUGAAAAUGACCAGCAGAUUCGUGAGGGGCUAGAACGUGCCCAGAGGAUGCUGAAGCAAUCACAGAAGAGGGAUUACUAUAAAAUCUUGGGAGUAAAAAGAAAUGCCCGAAAGCAAGAAAUCAUAAAAGCUUACAGAAAGCUGGCAUCCCAGUGGCACCCUGAUAACUUCCAGAGUGAGGAAGAAAAGAAGAAAGCGGAGAAAAAAUUCAUUGAUAUAGCAGCUGCUAAAGAAGUCCUCACUGAUCCAGAAAUGAGGCGGAAGUUUGAUGCGGGAGAGGACCCACUGGAUGCGGAGAGCCAGCAGGGUGGGGGCAACCCUUUCCACAGGAACUGGAACACGUGGCAAGGAUUCAACCCCUUUGGUUCUGGAGGAGGACCAUUUACAUUCAAAUUUCACUUCAGUUAGAGCCAAGACUGUUUCUGGUGGCUGCUGCUGUUUUUUACUUAAUUUGUUGACAAAUAAAAAGUCUCUCAGUUCAAGACCCAAAAUCUUAAUUUCUAAUGUUGUCCUUAACCCAGAGUCUUACUGCACUAGAAGAAAGCUCCUUCUUUCUUUUUAGUAUGCAGAGAGUUUGCUUUGUGGUGAACUUGACAAGCUCAUACUGGUUUGGGGGGGUUUGUUACUGCCUUUGUAUUUGUUGUGGCUAUGCAGGACAUGUUUGUUCCUAUGGAUGGAAAAAGAAAAAACAGUAAGAGGCUACUUAGGACAACACUUAAACUUAGGACUCAAGUAUAUGCUUAAAGGUAAAAAUGCAUGUAAAUAUCUUUCUGAAUCAGGGCCUAAUAAACGUGGGAAGGGUAGUUACAGUAGUCGCUACGUUAACAAAUUGCUAGUCGUUGUGCUCAGCAGAAUGAUCCAACUCUCAGUAUUCUUCAAAGGAAACCCUAGUGACCACCUCUGUAUUGCCGGCGGCAGUGCCACAGGCAGGGUGAGGAGGCUGCGUACCCAAUGAGUCCGAACUGUCGCUCCAGAAGAAGGUGGCCUGUAAGUAAUAGUAUUUGAAAAUGCCUACUUGCUUUAUUCGUUAACCUGAAAUGAAUUGGGAAGAUUUCCUUGGCAGUAAUUGUCAAAUAUGGAAGUAAAAAAAAAAAAAAAAUAUCCCCGGUGUUUUUCGAAAGACUCUUUCUGAGCGUGAUCUGGGGUGUUUAGGUAUCGUUUCGGAGGAGUUUGCACUUUAACAAAAUACCUGCUUGAGACGGGAGCAAAAAAAUUGGAUGUGACAUUUCCCCCACUAUGCAGCAAUUAGUUACUCCUCUGUACA